GUUUACGGAUUUAAUUUGUAGUGUCAGUCCAUCAGCUAUUGUCGCACUUACAAAUUAUAAUUACAUCAAAAUCGUUCGUUUUAUAUACUAUGCGAUGAUAUCUACGUCUCGUUAUAGUAAAAUUUAAUAUAUCCACUUAAUAAACUCCGAGUGACUCAUUUCCGCACAGCGCUUAUCUACAGCGGAACACGCCGCACAUUUUGCAAUAAUAUUGUAAGGACAAUAAUUUAAUACACACAUCCGUUAAACAUUAUGUUUGUCCUAUCGCACACCGUCGUCUCUGUGUUUGCUGUAGCGGUACUGUUGAAUAUCUUCUACUUUGAUCCGGUCCAAUCGUUUGAAACCUCCGAAGUAUACAACACAUGUCAGCUAUGCAUAAAUUCGCCGUGCCACAAGCAGUAUAAUAAUUAUUGCGGUCCAGGUGCUGGCAAUUAUACGCUGUGUUAUAAGUGUAGUAUAAAAACUCCUGAUUCGGACCAACAGUUCAACACUCAAUCUGAUUGCAUGAGUUCAUGUUCGGAUCCGUCAAAGUGCAGGUGUGAUGAUGCGUGUUGGGUUUGCGUUCUUAAAGGCAAUCCGAACGCAAUGAAAUGCGCCAAUGUGCAAAAGAUGUAUAAUGAUAAUUGUCAACUGGUUCCGUUCGUAGGUUAGAUAAAAAAAUAAUUAAAAAUAUAUAAAUAUUUAUACAUACGAUCAUCAAAACGAUGACUUGAAUAUCACGGUUUUUUGCCACACGAUUCUUUUGCAUACGAUAUUAACCGCUUAAAUUACUUUUUGUCAACCGAUCACCGAAUAUUUGUUUGUCGAUAAAAAAAUUAAUACCUAAUUUAUAUUUGUAUUAUUAUUUAAUUUUGUUGUAUAAUUAAUCUACAUAUUUAUUGUUAUUUUAUUCAUUUAGUAAAGUCAAUAAUCAAAUGUAAAAUUAUAUAUAGUAAUCGGUGCACUUAUAUGUACCAUUGUGUGUAUUAUGGCUUGAAUAUUUAACCAUUACAUAAUCUUGUGUAUAUUA